CUCCUUCUCCGAGCCGCUUGGGCGCGCAGGGCCGGUGCCGGGACGGGCGGACGGACGGACAGACCGAGAGGAUCGUGUGCGGCGGGGACCCGGGUCCCACCCCGCGCCGGCUACCCACGACCCGAGCUCGAGUGGCGCCCCCGGGACCCUCCGGACCGUGGUGGCUGCCGGGUCCCCGACGGGAGCCGUCCCUUCCCGGGGUGUCCGCGUCCCCACGGGCACUAUGAACGAAGAGGAGCAGUUUGUCAACAUUGACUUGAACGAUGACAACAUCUGCAGCGUUUGUAAACUGGGAACAGACCAGGAGACGCUGUCCUUCUGCCACAUCUGCUUUGAGCUGAAUCUCGAGGGAGUACGAAAAUCUAGUCUUUUACACACCAAAUCACUGAGAGGCCAUAAAGACUGCUUUGAAAAAUAUCAUUUAAUUGCAAACCAGGAUUGUUCUCGAUCCAAGCUUUCCAAAAGUACCUAUGAAGGCGUUAAAACCAUUCUGAGUAAGAAGAUAAACUGGAUUGUACAGUAUGCACAAAAUAAGGAUAUGGACUUGGAUCCCGAGUGUUCCAAAAAUACCCAACAUCACCUGUUUAAUUUCAGGCAUAAGCCAGAUAAGAAAUUGCUCCCACAGUUUGACUCUCAGGUGCCAAAGUACUCUGCCCAAGGGAUCGCUGGGAACACGGGUGCCAUCUCGAGCUACACACAAAGGAUUUUGGAGCAGGGGGAAAAUACAGACUAUGGGCUUGCUCUAUUGCAAGGCUCCGAUGCACUGUGGCCUCACAAACACAACCAGGCGCAGAAGAAAGAAGAGAUGAGCUCCGGUCCAGAGGCAGCUGUCCCGCCCCAGAAUCCUCAUUACAGCAGAGAGCAGCUGAAUUCAAUGACUCUUGAGGAAGUAGAAGAACUGAACACAAGGCUCCAACAGCAAAUCCAGGGAGUUUUUGAAGAGUUAACUCACCAAGUGCAAGAAAAAGACUCUCUGGCAUCAGAGCUCCAUGUCCGCCAUGUUGCCAUCGAGCAGCUUCUCAAGAACUACUCCAAGUUACCAUGCCUGCAAGUUGGCCGGGCAGGAACGAGGUCACACCUGCCCAUAAACAACUGAACUGAACGUAGUUCCUGUGCUUCACCCUGCUGGUCUGCCAAGCAUGUGUACCUAGAAAAUGUUUGAAGAAAGUUACGGUCCAUUUUUAUGGUUGUUGUACUUGCAAAACAUAAGAUAAUACUUAUUAUCUUUACCUAAUAAAGCGGAUCACUCUAGUCUAGGGUUAAUCAUUUGGCUUCAUUUGGGGACUUUUUCUUAUAAUUACUCAAUGCCCCUCCCUAACUUUUACCAUGUGUGACUACUUAAAUAUACUGUUACAGUGUGUUUUUAUUGGACAUUUUCUAUUGUAACUCAGCUGUCAAAACAAUAGAAGCCUAAUAAGGUCUUACGUUAGUCUAAACUGCUAGAGAUAAUUUUUAAGAGGGAAGUAGAAUUCAUAAUAUCACCUUAUUUAUGAGCAAUAUUUUAAUAUAAAAUUUUAUAUAUAAAAUUGCUAUUUUGGGUAUUUUUCAUUGUCUUUAUAAAUGUGUAUUUGAAUGGCCAUGUGUAUUUGCACUUCCAUGUGUGAAUAUGUUCACCCAUAUGAAGAUCACUGCAUUUGGGGGAUACAGUGUUUUUAUAACUGUUACCUUUCUUUCCAAAGAUAAAUGUGUUUUGGAUAGUAUUUGGAGAAGCAGUCUGCCAAGUUGAGCUAUCUUAAAUACUAACAGCAUUUGAAAGUGAAAUUAAUCACUCUUUAAAGCAAAUAUCCAAGGAAAUAAAGCACAUUAUUGUUUUCUAAUGAAAGCAAUUGUGAGUUAGCUUAGGAAGAAAAUACUAUUCUGGAUCUUGUGUGUCAGUCUCCAUAAAAGUAGAUGCCCCACUCGA